GUCACUUCUGCCCAGGUGCGCAGAAGAGCGCACUAUUAGUGGGGUUGGCGGAAGCAGGAAUCGCUGGCAGGGGGUCCCAGGAGAAAAGCGGGAUGUUCCUAUUGCAGUGUAGAACCGGUCUGAUGGAUUCUCUGGUUGGAGGUUGAGAAAAACCAUAAGCAGAAAUGGAGUCUCUGCUGCUGAUUGCACCCAUUACAGCGCUGGAGUUUGUUGGCGACCAUCUCCUGUCUGGUGAAGGCCCUUAUCUCACUGUGUAUAGUUUGGAGAAAGAUCACCUUAUCUCACAUAGGAAAAGGCAGAAUGUUCUCCAAGGUUACACUAUCCAUGGCAUAAAGCUCAAUUCUUCUGCUACGGUUGAAGGUGAACCCAUGAUAGUUGCUGUGUUUGGAAGCAAGGGGCUUAUCGUUCUGCAGCUGAACAUCAGUGAUGAUGACGUGAGCCUAACAGAAAUCUGUAUGCUCAGAGAACUACAUGACUGGAUUUGGGAUGUACAGUGGCUUGGAGACUGCCUAAAACCAGCAGCGUACCUUGGUUUAGCCCUAGGCCACAACUCCGUGGCUCUUUAUGAUUUCUUAAGUGGGAAGGUUCUAAAAGAGGUCCAUUGUGCUGAGAAAUGCAUCUUGUACUCUGCUUGUUUCUACGGUCACAGCUGGGAGGAACUGGUGCUGGUUUCCGGGACCGUUUUUAACCAGCUAGUUGUUUGGGGAGUGUCAGAUCCAACAAAUAAAGAUGGACGAACAGAACCAAGGCAAAGGAUAAGCGGCCACAAUGGUGUCAUAUUUAGCAUCUUUUAUAAAAAGAAAAGAGGUCUUUUAGCUUCCGCCUCUGAUGACCGCAGUCUUAGGAUUUGGGAUGUCGGCGACCUUGUGGCUAAGAGUUUUGAUGUCAAGUGCCUUCUUGUGUUGUAUGGGCAUCAGUCUCGAGUGUGGUCAGUAAAGCUGCUUCAUGAAAACAUUAUCAGCAUAGGGGAGGACUCCGCGUGCAUCGUGUGGAAUUACCAGGGGGACAUUGUCAGUCAUUUCAAAGGCCACAAAGGUCGAGGCAUCAGAGCAGUUGCUGUACAAGGCCGGGAAGAUUUGGUAGCUACUGGAGGGGCAGACUCUGCCAUUAGACUCUGGCAAAUAAAUGGAAAGUCUUCUAGGUCCAACGAGCUCCUUUCAUUACAAUUUAGUUCAUCUCAUAGCCCAGGGGCUCCAAAGGCCAUUGCUAUGGUAGAUACCACUUUGCUCAUUGUUAUGACAGAUUUAGGUUCCAUCUAUACAUACGAUUUUAUUUCCAAAAAGUGGAGUUUUAUUCUCACAGAUGAGAACUAUAAAUCCUACUGUCAACUUGAUAUUUAUAAAACAUCUAACAAUGUCUUAUGCGCUAUUGGGAACAUAACAGGGGAAAUCAAGAUUUUUAGUCUUUCCUCUCCUAAAAUUUUCAAGGACCUUAAAUGUCACCAGGGUAAAAUACAUAGCCUGAGCUGGGUAGCGCCUUUAUGCCCUGGGUCAUUCACUUGCGGUCUUUUCUCAUCUGGCCCAUACGGUCUGAUGGUGUGCUUGGAGGUCACGUGUGUUUCUGGAUAUGUUGAAUCUGUGGCAGAAAAGGGUCGGUUUGUUUUGCCAGCAUGUAAGCAGAGGUGGCAUACCAGUGUGGCCUUCCUCCCUGAUGAGGAAUUCAUAGUGUGUGGGGAUCGUAGAGGCUCAUUAAUGUUAUUUCCCAUGAAUGCCACAAACAGAGGACAAGACCUCUUCCAGGGGGCCAUUCAGAGUGAAAGUGGUGCCUUACAUUUGAAGGAGAAUGUAGAUGAUUUUGUAGGUGAACAAAGACCCAACUGUCCCUCAACUGCCUGCUCAGUGCUAUCUGUGGAGGGUCCUGUUUCACUUUUGUUUGGCAUUCAUGGCAAGUUAGGGGUAACAUCCAUCAGUUGCCACAGUGGGUUUGUGUACAGCACAGGGCGGGAUGGAUUUUACCGUCAGCUGAAGGUAGAGAGAGGCCAGCUAACUCUGCUGCGCAAACUUAAGUCCUGCAAGGGAAUGGAAUGGAUAGAGCGCCUGUCAUUUACUGCUGAUGGCAAUUUGUUAGUGAUGGGUUUCCAUGCCACUGACUUUGUGGUUUGGAGUACAAGAACCAAUGAGAAGCUUCAUUGUGUCCCAUGUGGAGGAGGGCAUAGGUCAUGGAGUUACAGAAAAGAAGAACACACUGAGGUAUUUGCUUAUAUCAAGUCUUGUGAUAUUUUUGCCUAUUUGAGCCACCCGGUUGGGAAAACCCAAAGCAUAUUAAAAGAGCCAGUGCAUGGCAGAGAAAUAACCUGUGUCAAAUACGCGGGGUCCCUUAAAACUUACGAGCACCUACAUGUUUUAUUAACAAGCAGCGAAGACACCACUGUGAACAUAUUAUGCUUCAAUGCGGCAACAAACAGUCUGUACCAACUUUCAACAAUUAGCGAUCAUAUCUCUAGUGUAAAAGCCCUGGCUUUAGCACAAACUAAGCCUUGUUUCCAGCAGGACAGCAGCCUAUCUGCCGUGCUGUUCAGUGCAGGAGGGAGGGCAGAGAUAGAGUGCUAUCAUAUACAGAUUAACCAAGGCAAGGAUGAAGAAAGUGUCUUGUGCCAAGUAAUCCACCUUGCGUCCCACAGACUGGAUGAGCACUGGGACCGAAUGAAGAAUAAGCACAGACUUGUCAAGAUGGAUCCAGAAACCAGGUACAUGGCAAUCACAGUGGUUGGUGAGGAGGUUCGUGACAACCCACCUUCCAGUUUGGUGUUUCUUGCUGCAGCCUGCAGUGAUGGAUCUGUAAGAUUUUUUGCAGUGUGUACGAAUUCUCGGAAGAUGUUGCUGGUAGCAGAGUCCUUUUAUCACCAGCGCUGUGUGCUGAAGAUUAGGCCAUUUGUGCACCGCUUUGUUGGUGGAAAGAGAGAUCUGCUUUGCAGUGCAGCAACAGAUGGGCGCAUUGCGUUCUGGGAUGUAACUGACACUAUAGAAGAAGCACGUAACAUCCUGCAAGGGGAGCAUGAAGAUUUUCAGCCACUAAACCUGGAAGACCCUUGCUUUACAGUUUCUGCUCAUCAGUGUGGGAUUAACAGCCUCCACAUUCAGGAGACCAAGGAUGGACAUUAUCUGGUGGCCAGUGGAGGAGAUGACAACUCCAUUCAUAUCUGCCAAUUGACUGUGAACAACACAACCUGUGAAACAGAUAACAGAACCAGCAUUCAGCUUCUCAAAGUAUUUACUGUCCCCUCUGCUCAUGCCGCCCAUGUCACCGGGCUUCGUUUUCUUAGAGAAGAUUUACUGGCCUCUGUCUCUGUAGAUCAGCGGCUGUCUCUGUGGCACCUUAGGAAGGAUGGAGGUCUGCAUCCCAGAGGCACCAAGUUCUGCCACGUGGCAGAUGUGUCCGAAUUAGAUUGCUGGGAAAAUGUUGCAACGGGAGGACAUUACGGUGUCCUUUGCGGUCAAGGACUGGAAAUUAUGUGUAUACCAAGCAAAGUCCCAGAAUUGGACCAGGAAGGGUGAAAAUUCAGAAACCCAUGGGAUCAGAAAAAAAGAACACAGCUGUUAAUUUAUAUUUUUUUUAAAUUUUCAUACGCAAAAAAAUUAAAAUAAAUCAAUUUCUAUGGUU